AUUGACUCGAGGAUGUUUACUUUACCUUUAUUCCGGAAUCGGAUCUCACAAUGCCUUUUUUCAUGAUAUAACCAAAUAUACAAAGAGACAUCUCGGUCUCUCUCACUUCCGGCCUAGAAGUCUUCUGCUUAGGUAUGCAUACACCUACUAAAAUUUAUUUGGGUCACAACCUACUACCUAGUUUCCUAGGUAAUUGAUCGAUCUAUGGAUGGCCGAAUGAGUCCAAAGCGUCUUUCGGACACCGUAGUUUCGUAUGGUAACAGGACCAUAGACGAUAUCGAAGCCGAUCUAAGAGCACAUUUCGCUACACAAUAUCAAAAAUUUACCUUCCAGGGUCUAAUUGGGCGAGGUGCUUUCGGCCUCACAUUUUCUGCCAUCGAGAAACUCUCGUUGACUACAUAUCGGCGCAUUGCUAUAAAGCGGUCCGUGAACCCGAGGCAUGACGAUGACCUCAGGAAUGAGAUAACUUGGUUGAAAACCCUUCGCGGUUCCGAACACAUCGUGAGGUUACUAGCGAGUCGCGAUGAGCCCGCCCCGUUGACUCCAGUCAGGGGCGCUCGAAGAACCCCAAUAACCAGGGACCCAUUAGAAGGUAUCAUCGGCCCGAUAGCGGUUUUGGAAUACCUAGAAAACGCAGAUAUAAAGCGGCUGUAUAACAGAUUAGUGAAGUACGAUCAAUUGUUACCAAAUCGAAUAUUAUGGUCCUUUUUCCUUUGCUUAAUAAGAGCUUGUGUUGCUCUCGCCUAUCCUAUGAACGGCACUGAAGAUCAGGUAUCCCAGUUGGAGACCAUCCCUACGGAUGGUAGGAGACCAAGCGAUAUUGAGCAUGCAGACUUACAUCAAGCAAAUGUGAUGAUAGGUACAGCUGGCCUGGGGUUCGCAGAACAUGCUAUAAUUCCACCGCUUAAGUUCAUUGACUUUGGACGGACAAGAGAGGGAUUCCAAGGAGUCGGCGAUAAUGUUUGGAAAAUAUCUAGGAUCAUGAUCAACUUGAUCGCAAGACAGGACGUAAGAAUUUCGGCAUGGAUCACGGAGUACCAAGGCUUCGAAACACGAGCGACCGAGAUCUUAGAACAUGGGAAUGGCGCGAAGUAUCCCACGCUCGACGACGAUCUUCGUGAUUUCUUGGCUAUAUGUCUUGCAGACCAUGCUCGAGACCGCCCUAGUCUGGCGGAAAUGCUGGAAACGGCCGAGGCUGCUGUGCGCAACAAAACUGCAGCAACGUAUCCCGACCAGUUAGAGGAGACAGAUGAAGCAAUCGCAGCCUUAAUAAAAAGAUUUGUAUACGAUGCAGAAGUGGAAGGUUCGGGAAGUUGAUAGGAGCUUCAGGGGAAUGGAUUGAUAAAACUUCUAUACAUGAAAUCAUAAAUAUGGUGAUUGCUAC